AUGGCGCCAAUCAAAGAACCCGUGGUUCGGAGCGCCGAGGGUUUGAAGUCCCAGACCGAGGGCAAGGAGAAGAAGAUCGAGCGCAAGCGCAACCAGCACGAGAGACAUGCGGCCGCCAAAAAGGAAAAGAAGCAGCUCAAGGCUCCGGCCAAGAAGGCUGCGCGCAAGGAGAACAAGGACGAGAAGCGGUUCAACCGCAUGCUGAGACGGGCUGAUAAGCUCGAGGCUCAGGCCAAGAAGCUCAUGGCCGAGGCUGCGGCGGCGCGCGUAAGACACGCGGCCAUGGCAGAACAGAGAACGAAGAAGAACGAUUCAGAAGCCGGUUCUUCCUCAGACUCAUCCUCAUCAUCAUCUUCUUCCUCCUCAGAUUCGGAUUCCGACUCCGACUCAGAGGCGGAAGAGACCAAGGGCGGCGCAGCUGUUGAACAAGACGAGGAUGUCGACAUGGACCCAGAGUCACCAAACCCCAGCGCACAACUCCGCGCCGAAAGCGAGGCGAGAGCCAUUACCCAGGAGCAGGAGAUGGAAGAGAAGCCUAAGAAGUCAAAGAAAUCAAAGAAGAGCAAGAAGGUCGAGGAGAAGGUUGAAGAGUUUGCGGAACCCGAGGAGCCAACCCCAGCUAAGAAGGAGAAGAAGGAUAAGAAGAAGAGCAAGAAGUCUAAGGCCGUAGAGGAAGCUGAGGAAGAGGUCAAGGAGUCCAAGAAGUCUGACAAGAAGCGCAAGCGCUCAAGAGAGGAGGAUGAAGACGAAUCUGAUGGCGGUGUUGCCAUUGCCGAGGAGACCCCCAGCAAGAAGGUCAAGAAGGAUAAGAAGAAGCAGAAGAAGGAGGACAAGAAGGAGAGCAAGGCACCUGCUGCGGACAACGCUGCUGCCGCCGAGCAGUGGGACGUCGGACAUCUGGGAGGAGGCGCAGACCGUCAGCAAAAGUUCAUGCGUCUUCUGGGCGGCGGAAAGAAGGGCGCUGCGGCUGCGGCUCCUCAGGUCUCUGGAGCCAAGGGCAAGCGUGAUAUCAACAAGAUCACCCAGGAACUCGAGCAGCAGUUCCAGGCUGGUGUGCACAUGAAGUACGAUGCUGGUGGCCAGCGUCGCGGUCUUGGUGCGUAA